ACAACACAUAAAACAUCAAAAGAAAAACUACAAUGGCCGAGCCUCAACCGUCGCAAAUCCAAGAAGGCGAUCAAGCACCUUCUGCUGUUCCAGCCAGCAACAAAUCUGAAGCCGCAGCUCUGAACUCACUGGACAAACAAGCAACAGAAACGAAGACCACGAACUCCAAAUCAGCUGCAGCAUUAGGCGAUGCAAUGAAGGGCUUGACCCUCUCUGGAGUGGGUCAUUCGGAGCUCAAGAACGUAAAGGUUGAAUUGGCGGAUGUCGUGUUGUUGGCUGACAAUCUUGACGUCUCGAGGGUUAGAGCCACCGAGCUGCUCAAGGCAAAUGAUGCAGACCCUGUCAAAGCGAUGCGAGCUUGGAUAUCUGCAUGAGAAGCAUCUUUACACUGAGGGAGGGCACCAUACCAAGAUCGAAGUAAACAUACACAUGAUGAAACAAGUGGUAUUCCCUACGAGAAAUGCAAAAAGUAGAAGACCAAAAACACCAUUAUCCUUCAACCAGUAACCUCAUAACUUCAUAAUAUCCCACCUCCUCAUUCUCUGCCACCCAUAAAAGUCAAACGCCUGUUGUCCUCAUCUCUGAUUCUCAACUUCCUCACUCUAUCUACAGGCGCAGU